AAGCAUCACAGAAUCCACACAGGGAAGAGGCCCUAUGAAUGCAGUGAGUGUGGAAAAUGCUUCACUGGCAGCUCAUCCCUUUCUCGACAUCAGAGAAUCCACACAGGGGAGAGGCCCUAUGAAUGCAGUGAGUGUGGGAAAACCUUCAGUCGCAGUUCACACCUUAUUACGCAUCAGAGAAUCCACACAGGGCAGAGGCCCUAUGAAUGCAAUGAGUGUGGUAAAUGCUUCACUAGCAGCUCAGGCCUUUAUCAACAUCAGAGAAUCCACACAGGGGAGAGGCCCUAUGAAUGCAGUGAGUGUGGUAAAUGCUUCACUAGCAGCUCAGGCCUUUAUCAACAUCAGAGAAUCCACACAGGGGAGAGGCCCUAUGAAUGCAGUGAGUGUGGUAAAUGCUUCACUAGCAGCUCAGCCCUUUCUCAACAUCAGAGAAUCCACACAGGGGAGAGGCCUUAUGAAUGCAGUGAGUGUGGGAAAAACUUCACUAUCAGCUCAUCCCUUUCUCAUCAUCAGAGAAUCCACACAGGGGAGAGGCCUUAUGAAUGCAGUGAGUGUGGAAAAUGCUUCACUAGCAGCUCAGGCCUUAUUAGGCAUCAGAGAAUCCACACAGGGGAGAGGCCCUAUGAAUGCAGUGAGUGUGGAAAAUGCUUCACUGACAGCUCAUCCCUUUCUCAACAUCAGAGAAUCCACACAGGGGAGAGGCCCUAUGAAUGCAGUGAGUGUGGAAAAUGCUUCACUAGCAGCUCAGGCCUUAUUAGGCAUCAGAGAAUCCACACAGGGGAGAGGCCCUAUGAAUGCAGGGAGUGUGGAAAAUGCUUCACUAACAGCUCAGCCCUUUCUCAACAUCAGAGAAUCCACACAGGGGAG